AUGUUAGGGCAGCUAUGGGAAAACAUGAAUGUUAAUGGUGUUGUUAUUGCAAAAAGUGAAAGCAUAAGGAUGAAAAAAUCUUGGUGUGCUGUGGCUUGUCAUCAUUACACGAACCAGUUGCUGUUAAUCGGCAGUAGUAAUGUUGUGCAAUGCUUGUCACAACCAUGGGAGGAUUUUCGUGCGAAGAAGAUGACAAUCAUGGAAGAGUUUUUCAGCUGCCCUCAUAUGUGCUUGCCAUUCUCUGAGAAAGAUUUUGAAAGUUUUGCUUAUUCUUCAAGCAAUAAACUAGACAACGAUGAGCAUAAUUUUUAUGGAACUGGGGACGAUGUAGAAUUUGCUGAUUUGAUCAAUAAAAUGGAUGCUAUUAUUUUAGAAAAUAAUAGUUUUGAAAAAUUUUCUGAAGACCUGAAAUUUUAUAGUGUGAAGGAUAUGUUAUCCCAAAGAAUGUUACCAAAUGAUGCCUUUCUGAGAGCAGUUCUGACAGAUAAAUUUGCUGUUCAAGAAUGUUAUACUUCAUCAAAUAGCACAUUUUAUGGGCAUGACCAGAAGACGCUGUCUUGCUGCUUGGUGGUGAAAGAUGUAAUUUAUCCAGAUUAUAUGCACGUCUAUGUAACACUUAAUUUUUCAACAUGGGCUGGUUUCUUGCCCAACAUGGAGCUGGAGCUGUAUGGAUUCAAUUGCUUUUGUUCUAAGAAAGGAUUCUUGUAUCUAAAGCCAGCUUCUUUGUUUAAUAUAAAAGUUUCUGGCUUUGAAAAUAAUUACUACCUAGAUAAGCAGUAA